AUGGAAGUUGAACAAAAUUUGUCGAAUUGUCUUGGAGAAAUCUUCAAUGAAUUUAAUCAAAAACCAUUGUCGGAAUUAUUAAAAGACAAUAUCGACGAAAAAAGAGAACGAUCUGAAUUGUUGGAAUUGUUGAUUAAAGACAGAAGCGAAUCGCUAGCUGAGAGGCUUUAUUCCACCGUAAAUUCAAAUCCAAUAGAUUUUGACACUUUAUACGACAUUAUUUUGGCUCGCCCAAAAUUUGAGUUGAAAAAAAUUAUUGAGAAGGAUGAUAAAUUACGUCCAAAAUUGGAAAAAUAUUUAACUGAUAGCAAAGGGCAACAAAAUGAAAAUGAUGCGAUAUGGGAUAUUUUAAUUAAUCGAGUUGUAUUUGCUGAGAAAAAUACAACUUUUGACAAGGAAGAAUUUAAAGAGGUAUUCGAUAUAGGGGUACAUUUAUUUAAAAAAUCAUAACUCUAUGAAUUGGAAAUAUUUUUCCAUAAAUUUAUAAUCAUUUUAAAGCUCGCAAAAAAUGUAUAAUAAAUAAAAAUGUAUUAAAAUCAUGCGAUUUAACAAAAUUAAAAUUCACACACUCUUGGACAUAUACUUUGCGCCAGACUGUAUUAUUAUGCUUAUAGUGAUUCCAAGGUAUCCCAACUUCCGAGGCCAUUUCCCGACCCGACUCCCGUUUCGUAAUUUUUACUUCUCC